GGGUGGCCGAAAGACGAAAGUGAGGUUUCGAGGGUCGGGUCUUGGGCCCCCGCGGGCGGGCAGUGCUGCGGUGCUGGGGGCUGGCGGGCAGGCUGGAGAGGAGCAGCCCGGGCCGGGUGGGGAGCCCAUACCGAAGCACGGACCAAACGCUUUGUUAGCUGGAGGCCGGGACUGCCUGAUCCGGGAGGUGGAGCCUGGUUCUGGACUAUUGUACGUAGUUUCGUUUCUGGCCAUUUUUUUCUACCGCCAAAUGGUGAGUUAGGGCUGUGGAUCUUGAGAGAUGGCGUCGUGUAAAGAGCCCACUUUGAGUAAAUCUUGGGUCAGACUUCCUGAACCUGAGUUUACACCUGUGUAACAUAAAGGAGUUCGACUAAGUGAAGUCUGAGAUCACUACAACUCUGAAGUUUCCAAAGGGGAGAAGACAGAAGGAAGCAGAAUCUGUGCCAGACUCUGCAGACGAUUCAGUUAAUGACCCCGAUUUACUCCUUCCACCCCUCACCUACUCAGCUUUUUAUCUGUGAAGUUGUAUCUUCAUCUAAUGAAGAGGACUGCACAUUACCUAAAAACUAGACUUUAAGCCCAACCUAAGUUGAAACCCUAAGGGGUAAGGGAUAGACACUGCCAGGAAGACUUCGGAAUUCAAAAACAGGGAGCUUGUAGCUUGGGCCCUGUUUCCCACCUGGAACUUUGCCCAACACAGGCAACUACAAUCAAGUAGAAAUGGCAACAUAAUAUGUUUAAACAGAUGGCCAGGCAGCAUUGAUAACCACUCCCACUCCUGCAUGUUCCUUGACUACACUGAACUGAAAAGGAGAUACAGAAUUCCUUAAGAGUGUGUCUUGGUGUGGACCUCUUUGAGUUGAUCUUAUUUGGGACUCUCUGAUCUUAUUUGUUUCCUGUACCUGAAUGUCUGUUUCAUUUUGAAGAGAAGACAACACAGAAGUAAUAAUCUAUCACAGAAGGAGAUGGCAUAAGGCCUGGACCAAGAAGAUGGACAGUUGGAAGGAAAGCUGGUUGGAUGACUUGCUCUGCGUAUUCCAGGGGUGUGUUUCGUCGAGAUACACACAAGAGUGAGAUUGCUCAUCGGUUUAAUGAUUUGGGAGAAGAAAAUUUCAAAGGCCUGGUGCUGAUUGCCUUUUCUCAGUAUCUUCAGCAGAGCCCAUUUGAUGAGCAUGUAAAAUUAAUGAAUGAUGUGACUGAGUUUGCAAAAACAUGCGCUGCUGAUGAGUCAGCUGCAAAUUGUGACAAGUCACUUCACACUCUCUUUGGAGAUAAACUGUGUACAGUUGCAUCCCUUCGUGAAACCUAUGGUGAAAUGGCCGACUGCUGUGAGAAACAAGAGCCUGAGAGACAUGAAUGCUUCCUGAAAUACAAAGAUGAUAAUCCAGACCUCCCUAAGUUGAAACCAGACCCUGAUAGUCUGUGUGCUGAGUUUAAGGAAAACGAACAGAAGUUUUGGGGAAAAUACCUAUAUGAAAUUGCCAGAAGACACCCCUACUUUUAUGCCCCAGAACUCCUUUUCUAUGCUCAUCAAUAUAAAGGAGUUUUUGCAGAAUGCUGCCAAGCUGCUGAUAAAGGUGCCUGCCUGAUACCAAAGAUUGAGACUGUGAGAGAAGAAGUACUGGCUUCAUCUGCCAGACAGAGACUCAAAUGUACCAGUAUCCAAAAAUUCGGAGAAAGAGCUCUAAAAGCAUGGUCAGUAGCUCUCCUGAGCCAGAAAUUUCCCAAGGCUGAUUUUGCAGAGGUUUCCAAGAUAGUGACAGAUCUUACAAAAGUCCACAAGGAAUGCUGCCACGGUGACCUGCUUGAAUGUGCAGAUGACAGGGCGGAUCUUGCCAAGUAUAUAUGUGAAAAUCAAGCUACAAUCUCCACUAAACUGAAGGAGUGCUGUGAUAAGCCUCUGUUGGAAAAAUCCCACUGCAUUGCUGAGGUGGCAAAAGAUGAGUUGCCUGAAAAUCUGCCCCCAUUAGCUGCUGAUUUUGCUGAAGAUAAGGAAGUUUGCAAAAACUAUAAUGAAGCAAAAGAUGUCUUCCUGGGCACGUUUGUGUAUGAAUAUGCGAGAAGGCAUCCUGAGUACUCUGUCUCAUUGCUGUUGAGAAUUGCCAAGGGAUAUGAAGCCACACUGGAGGAUUGCUGUGCCAAAGAUGAUCCUCCUGCAUGCUAUGCCACAGUGUUUGAGAAACUUAAGCCUCUUGUGGAUGAGCCUCAGAAUUUAAUUAAACAAAACUGUGAACUUUUUGAAAAACUUGGAGAGUAUCCAUUCCAAAAUGUGCUCAUCGUUCGUUACACCAAGAAAGUACCCCAAGUGUCAACUCCAACUCUCGUGGAGGUCUCAAGAAACCUAGGAAAAGUGGGCUCUAAGUGUUGUAAGCAUCCUGAAUCAGAAAGAAUGUCCUGUGCUGAAGACUAUCUGUCCUUGGUCCUGAACCGGUUGUGCGUGUUGCACGAGAAGACACCAGUGAGCGAAAGAGUUACCAAAUGCUGCACGGAGUCCUUGGUGAACAGACGGCCAUGCUUUUCUGCUCUGACAGUCGAUGAAACAUAUGAACCCAAAGUCUUUGAUGAGAAAACAUUCACUUUCCAUGCAGAUUUAUGCACACUUCCCGAGAAUGAGAAACAAAUCAAGAAACAAAUUGCACUUGUUGAGCUGGUGAAACACAAACCCAAGGUAACAGACGAACAACUGAAAACUGUUAUGGGGAAUUUUGUAGCCUUUGUAGACAAGUGCUGUGCAGCUGAUGACAAAGAGGUCUGCUUUGCUCUGGAGGGUCCUAAACUUGUUGUUUCAACUCGAGAAGCCAUAGCCUAAAAAGAACACAACCACAAGCAUCUCAGCCUACCCUGAGAGUAAGAGGAAAAAAAGAGAAAUGAAAACUCAGAGCUUAUUCAUCUGUUUUUCUUUUCUGUUGGUGUUAACCAACACCCUGUCUUAAGAACACAAAUUUCUUUAAAUAUUUUGCCUCUUUUCUCGUGCUACAAUUAAUUAAAAAAUGAAAAGAAUCUAA